AUGGCUGCGGUUCAGCUACUUCUUACCUUUGGGGUGGACGUGAAUGCGAAGAGCAAAGGCACCGAAUACGACAUUGUCGAUAGUCCUCUUAAUUGUGCCCUUGGUAUACCUGGUGACGAUGGAAUAAUCGCAAGGAUGCUGAUUAAUGCUGGCGCAGACACCAACUCGGGACUCGAGAAACCUCUUAUCCGGGCUGCCAGAAAGGGCAAAUCGUCCCUCAUAAGACACAUGUUGGAGGUCGGAGCAGACCCGAAACUGUUACCAGCAGGAGGCCUUUCAGUGAUGUACUACGCAAUAUAUCGUCAUGAUCUGAUCAUGGUUGACAUGUUGAUGAAAGCGGGCUUCAACUUGAACCUGUCGAUAGAGGAACUUGAGGAUACGGAUCUUAAUCUCAUGAGAGAUGAGUUUAGUGCCCCCAACGCACGCGGAAUCCUUACUCCCGUGCAGCUAGCAGUACUUCGAGGUGCUUCUGAUAUUGUCAAGCGACUAAUAGAGGGUGGUGCACUUAUGGACACGUUUAUCAAGCCAGAAGUUCUCAGGGGCAUAAGUUCAUAUAUACCCUUUGAAGGAAUAUUGACUCCCCUUCAGAUAUCGAUCCAACAGAGGAAGGAUGAGAUUACUAAAAUACUACUAGAUGAGGGUGCCAGCGUUGACUUUCGACAUCCAUCCACCUCGACAGCAUUGCAGUUGGUAUGCAGCAUAUCAAGAGAAGAAAGGGAGAGGACAGAAUUGAUUGAAGUACUGUUGGCAAAGGGAGCAGAUGUGGAUGCUCUUCCGGGAGAAGUGGCAGGGAGAACAGCAAUACAGGCUGCAGCUGAAUCUGGGAAUUGUGACCUUCUCAAACUACUUUUGAGUAAAGGUGGCAAUCCCCUAGCCCCUGCCGCUACGAAGAAUGGACUGACGGUUUUCCAAGCUGCACUAAAGUCCGGCUCAUCUGAGCUUGUGACUUACGUAUUUUGGGAACUAGGGAGUCACUAUGGCGGUCUCGGUAUCCUCGACGGAACGAAUUACCUGGAGGAAGCAGUGUCAGCAGGUGACAUGCAGCUUCUGAGUACAGUGAUGGAGUUCUGGAGUCGCCGUGGGUUAUGUUGGCCGAGUGAACAUAUUUUGUCGGCCCUUAGAGUCGCAGUCCGGAACGGGUUGACGUACCUCAUUCAGUUUCUCGACGCUGUUUCAUUCACUAUUUCCGAAGAGGAUGUCGGAUCCAUGAUAUGCGAAUCGAUUUGGAGUGGAGAUAAGAUAACAUUUGACUGGUUGAUGAAACAUUUCCCCGAGUCUGAGCUCGACCGUCCUCAGCCUGGAUACCCGACACCUCUCUGGCUAGCAUUGUACAAAGGCCAGUCUUACAUGGUACAACGAUUGGUCGACGCGGGAGUAAGCACAAAUCAACCAUCAUUACCUCUAGGCUCCAGAGAAGGCGCUUAUCGUGGCAUGGUAGCUGAAAUGCCACUCAAGCAGGCAAUAUCUCGAUUUGACAGCAGAUACAUAGAACUCCUUCUUGAAAAAGGAGCAGACCCAAAUGCCGUGGACUUUUCAAACCAAAGAACUGCGCUUGGGCUUGCUCUUGUACGAGGCGCCUCGCUCUCAACCCUUCAGUUACUUAUACACUACGGUGCAGAUGUCAACAAGCCUUCAAAGUGUGGGGCUGACGUGAAUGUCUUCACAGCUGAACAGACAUUGAUUCAAUUGGCUGUUAGCAGGGAAGAUCUGACGUUGGUCAAGCUUUUUAUUGAAGCAGGAGCGGAUGUCAAUGCGUCAGGGACCGGGAUGACUGCACUUGAGGCAGCCGUUAAUGGCAACAAUACAUAUCUAGCAAAGCAGCUUAUCGAAGCUGGAGCCGAUGCGAGCAUUUCCUCGACUGCAACGAGUGCACUUCAGCUGGCUGUCGCCAGGAAUAACAUGGAGCUGGUUGAGCUUCUUAUUCAAGAAGGUGCGGAUAUCAAUUUUUUGUCACUGUAUAAGACCGCACUUCAAACAGCUGCCGAUGUUCAGAGUCUGGAAUUGCUGAAGUAUCUCAUUGAACGGGGUGCUGAUGUUGACGCGGUAUCCCUUGACAAUGUCGCGACAACUCUUCAGUACGCCGCGAUGAAUGGCAACAUUGAGAUCGUCAAGUAUCUUGUCGAGCGUGGAGCCUCAGUCAAUGAUCAGGCUAGCCGUUUCUACGAAUUGACAGCUCUCGGGCUUGCAGUUAAAAAUGGCCAUACUGAGGCAGCCAUUUUCUUCAUCGAAAGCGGAGCCUCAGUCGACAAAAGUCCCACUGCUGAUGGUACAACUACACUUCUUCAGCUCGCCGCAAAAUAUGGGAAUCACGAAAUUGUGACUUAUCUGGUAGAGAACGGAGCCGCAGUCAAUGAAGCAGCCGCGACUGAAAGAGGGGCGACUGCUCUUCAAUAUGCAGCAAUCACUGGUAACAUCAAGAUUGCUGUUUUCCUGCUCGAGAACGGGGCUCAUAUCGGCGCCAAGGGAGCAGACUUUGAUGGAAGAACUGCACUUCAAGGAGCGGCAGAGCAUGGCCGACUUGAUAUGGUCUAUCUGCUAUUAGAUAAUGACGAAGAGCCCGACACGGUUGAGGAAAGGUGUCACAAUGCAGCAGAAUUUGCAGAGGCUGAACACCAUGAUGUUAUUGCUAGGAUAUUGAGAGACUACAGAAGGCCGUAA